CGCCCAGUAUUAGCUCGUUUCUCGUACACUGUAAUGUUUGUGUGUGUUGUCAUUUAGACACAUCGGCCUGGGUUUCUUGAAUGCAUAUAUCGGUGUACCUGGAGCAUAUCGGUCGCCGUCCAUGUAUCACAGAGAGAAGUAGCAGUAGUUACCGUACAGCUGUAUGAAACGGACUAUGUCUGCAAAUAAAACAAAGAAAGUCAAAAUGGCUACUAAAUCCUGUCCUGAAUGCGACCAACAGAUUCCAGUUGCCUGCAAGUCCUGUCCAUGUGGUUAUGUGUUUAUUAGCAGAAAACUUCUAAAUGCCAAAUUAAAUGAGCGCUCUUCUCCAGCUAUAGCAGACAAGCUGGACUUUAAGCGGAGGAGGACAGAACGCAUUCGCAGAGAAAGGAUAGACUCUUCUUUAACAAGUGACAUGGAGAACAGGCGGCGAUCGCGAGCCAACAGCCAAUCGGAUCCCAUUCGGAGGGGGCGUGGCAGACCAAAAACAGUAGGUCUGAGGAAGCAGGAAGAGGAGAAAGAGAAACAGGAGAAGGAAGUGGACAUUUAUGCCAGUCUUUCGGAUGAGAAGGCCUUUGUGUUUUCUGUGGCCUUGGCUGAGAUCAACCGCAAGAUCUUGGGUCAAAGACUCAUUUUAUAGAUUAAGGCCUGAAUAACUGAGAAUCCUGGCACAGAGAACCUAUCGUAGAAAGAAAAAAGAUCAAAUAACAAGUGGAUGACCAAAGAGGGCAGAACUGGCUGGAGCUGAACUUUAAUCUUUCACUUGGAUGAUGGGAUGAGAUUCCGAAACCUGCUGAAGCUUGAGACUGAAGUAGAAGGUGUUGAGAUCACAGCUCUUCGGAAACCUUGUAUUAUACACCCACCACACACAUGCAAAUAUAUGUUUCUUGAUUAUGGAUUGUACAUUCGUAAGAACCAGGAAAAGAGGCAUUGAUGAUAUUUCCCAACUUUUUUCUUUUUAGAUACAAACAUCUGCACCUAAAGAAACAUUAUAUUCAUCUGCAAUAGAUGGACUGUGUGAAGUAAACAUCCUCAGUAGCUUCAAGCUUAUGGAAGGGAACGGAACAUUUUGGUAACUGUGUGCUUUCUUAUAUAUACUGAA